AUGGCAUCGCAAGCUCCAGGUUCAUCCGCUCCAUCGUCCAAUGUCAACUCCCCGAUUCUGCCACCCAAUGGCGGACCUCUGCUCAAUGCGCAAUUCACCGAUCUGAACGCGCGAUCUUCUCCGGCUCCCUCCGCUCAAGGUGAUGGUCGAGCAAAGCGCAACAAGCGAGACAGUCGCAAGAAGCGUGAGGCUAAGGGCCUAGACACUGAAAGUGCACCACCUCCACCGAAGAAACGCGCCACAGCAGCGGCAAACACAGCUCUUCCCAGCUCCAAGCUGCGCAUUCUCCGUCCAUUGCUCCUCGCCGAGCCACACGACUCAGAUCGUUUCCCUCCACAGCCUCGCCAACUGAAUCUAGUGAGCAGAAAGUCUUCCGACGUUCUCGGUCAGAGCUGGGAUUUCUAUGAGGUUGUCGACAAACUCACCAAUAAAAAUGGAUUUCGCUACAGCUAUGCCAUCUCAGACCCGGGCUUCCCUCAUAUCAAAUAUCGCCAGACAGAUGUUCGCCCAUACCAUGCCCGGUUUAGUUUUGAGGAUUCGCCAGCUGCCAUUUCAUUUUCGGAGAGUGCCACUGCGGUGACCACUAGUGAUGCAUGGCACACUGCUCGCGCUAACGUAUGUGCUCGGGAGGGCACCUACUACUACGAAGCUCGUGUGAUCAGUGGCAUUGUGAACGAUCCAGCAGCGGCCCCUAACGGUAGACCGAAAACCUCGCCUCGCGGCCAUGUUCGCAUUGGAUUCGCCCGACGCGAGGCCGACCUUGAUGUGAAUGUCGGAGUGGACUGCUACGGGUACGGGAUUCGGGACGUCAACGGCGAAGUGGUCAACCGCAUGCGAUGCGAAUUCUUCUUCCCCAAGGGCGAGGCUAUCAAUGAAGGCGAUGUCAUUGGCAUGCUCAUUACUCUUCCACCUCUGUCACUGCACAAGAAAAUUGUUGAAGGAUCUUACGAUCCGGUGGCUGAUGGAGACGGCUCAUCCCAACCUCCUAGUGCAGCCAAUAUCAUUCGUGAUCGGAUUCCCUUCCAUUACAAAUCCGACUUUUGCUGGCAGCAAUCCAAUGUUUUCUCAACUAAACAUCUCCGCGACUACGCAUUCAACCUCAAAGAAACACCAACCUUUGGCCCCCCGUCUCCUCUAAACAGCGAAGAUGCCACCCUUCGCACACUGCCAGGGUCCAGUAUCACCAUUUUGAAGAAUGGCGUUCAAAUGGGUACCCCCUUCAAAGAACUCUACGCUUUCUUGCCACCCGCCAGUCGUCUCGCCAAUGGCACCAACAACCUUGGUAUCGGCGAGCGAGAAAACGCCGACGAUGGUAUGAUUGGUUACUACCCCGCAGUAAGUUGCUAUGGCGGCGGCGCCGUUGAAUGCCGUUUCGAAGGACCGUGGUGGGUUGGUCCACCCGAGCACACUGAGACCGGAGCGCCCGUCCGUCCCAUGGGCGAGCGUUUCAACGAUCAAAUCGUCGAAGACGUGGUGGCCGACAUUGUGGACGAGGUCGAAGCGAUGUUCACAUGGGGCGGCAUUGACGGCGAUGUGAUUAACAAUAACACGGAGCUAGAUGGAACCGGAGCUGUAGGCGGAGCAGAGGUUCUGAAGGGUGGCGUUGGUGCGGCGCUUGACUAUGCGCUCGCUGCUAAUACCCCCGGCACGGCUGGAGCGUCUGAUUCUGCGGCGAAUAGCAAUCGCGAGACACCGGCUGCAGGCGAUGUCGGCAACCAGCCUGUUCAAGAUACGACGAGCAUUGGAACGGCUGGCACGCCUAAUGUCGAAGUGCAGGGCGAUGGUGAUGGCGAUGUUGAGAUGACUUAA